CUUCCUAUUGCGUGAGAACAGAUUUCACUAAAAACACACGUGAAGCAGGAAAUACAGCUUAAAUAUCAUUUUUUAAGCGAUCUCCUUGUAUGCUUCCACGAGUGCUUACCUCAAGGCUAACUUUUAGUGUAAAUCAGUUGAGAAAUUGUAUUUCUCGCAAAUUUUUUUCCACGACGAGCAUGGCAUCAAAUGAUUCGUAUUCUGCGGACGAAAAAUUGAAUUUGAUCACAAGAAAUUUACAGGAAGUAAUUGGCGAGGAUCGCCUAAAAACAAUAUUACAAGAGAAGAAUUUAUCUUUGUACUGGGGAACAGCUACAACAGGAACACCACAUGUUGCUUACUUUGUACCAAUGACAAAAAUAGCUGACUUCUUGAAGGCAGGCUGUGAGGUGACAGUCCUUUUGGCUGACCUUCAUGCAUAUUUGGAUAAUCUGAAAGCUCCCUGGGAUCUGCUAGCCCACAGAGUGAAGUAUUAUGAAGAAGUUAUUAAGGCAAUGCUAGAGUCUAUCAAUGUCCCCCUGGAUAAAUUAAAGUUUGUGCGAGGAACAGAGUAUCAGCUGGACAGAGCUUAUGUUCUGGAUAUAUUUAAACUUUCAACAGUUGCAACUGAGCACGAUGCAAAGAAAGCUGGUUCAGAAGUUGUUAAGCAAGUCCAACAUCCUCUUUUGAGUGGUCUGUUGUAUCCUGGCCUGCAGGCUCUUGAUGAAGAGUAUCUGAAAGUAGAUGCACAGUUUGGAGGUGUUGAUCAGCGGAAAAUCUUCACUUUUGCUGAAAAGUAUCUUCCUUCUUUAGGUUAUGCCAAGAGAAUUCAUCUUAUGAACCCAAUGGUUCCUGGUCUCACUGGAACCAAGAUGAGUGCAUCAGAUGAGGAUUCAAAAAUUGAUCUUCUGGAUGGUGCUUCAGUUGUUAAGAAAAAGCUUAACAAGGCAUUCUGUGAAGAAGGAAACAUUGAUGAGAAUGGGAUUCUUGCAUUUGCCAAGUUUGUGAUAUUCUCAGUGUUGGAAAUAAAGAAUAAAACAGAAUUUGUGAUAGAGAGAGCAGAAGAAAAUGGAGGAAGAAUUGCAUUUAAGAAUUAUGCAUCACUUGAGGAAACAUUUGCCAGAAAGGAAUUACAUCCACUUGAUCUGAAAAUGGGAGUUACAACUUUUUUGAAUGAGCUUCUUGAUCCCAUAAGAAAAAAGUUCCAAACUCCUGAACUACAGAAGCUGAUGAAACUUGCAUACCCUGAACCAAAGAAAGCAAAGGGUGGAAAAGGUGGGGCAAAUGCUGCUCCAGAGAGAGCAGUUGAUCCUUCAAGGCUGGACUUAAGAAUUGGAAAAAUUUUGUCAGCAAAGAAACAUCCUGAUGCAGAUUCCUUGUAUUUAGAAGAAAUUGACAUUGGAGAAGAAAAGCCUAGAACAGUAGUUAGCGGUUUGGCAGAGUAUGUUCCAUUGGAGGAACUUCAAGACAGACUUGUUGUUAUGAUGUGUAACUUAAAACCUGUGAACAUGAGAGGUAUAAAGUCAGAAGCAAUGCUCAUGGCAGCCUCUGUAACUGGCACUGAUGGUAAGAGGCAAGUGAUUCCUCUAAACCCACCAGCUGAAUGCAAGCCAGGUGACAGAGUCGUAGUAAAAGGGUAUGAACAUGAAACUGCAGGAGAGCCAGAUGAACAAUUGAAUCCGAAAAAAAAGAUUUUUGAAGCCUUAAAGCCUGACCUUUGUACCUCUGAAGAAGGUGUCGCCGAGUACAAAGGAAGUCCUUUGGUGACAUCCGCUGGCCAAGUUACUUCAAGUCUCAAGAACGCACAGAUCAGUUAACGAUCGAAACUUGUGAACUCAUGAAAUUGUUGUCGCGGUGCACAUUCUCCACCAAAAUGUCGUCAAAAUUGAGUUGUGGUUCUGUAGCAAAUUUAUAUUUAUACCUCAUAUAACUAGCCUUACUUAUAUAAAGUAGAGUAAAAUUGCUACCAAGUGUUUUGACUUGUGUUUGUUUUGUGGCGUGCUUUUGAUCGAAAAAAGUGUUGAAAUCAGAGGUCAAUCCAGAAAAUUAAAAUUCAUCAUUUUAUA